CCUUUUUUUUUUUUUUUAAUACAAAGAUGACCAAGUGUAGUUUUAUAUUUGCUGGCAAAUCAGGACGAAAGAUCUCUUUAGAAAAUGUAGCCCAUUCAUGUCCUCAAUGUAAAAGUGAAGCAUCCGUCCGAUUGACACGAACUGAACGACAAUUGAUCAUACUCAACAAACGUAUUAAGGACUCUAUCUCAGUUCGUUAUGAAUGUGAGGAUUGUAGUUGGAGAAAUACAGAAUUACCGAACGAAACAUCUAUGGCCAAUUUACAACGAUAUCUCACCACCACCAGUUAUACAAGCUUAACUAAUUCAGAUGAUUAUCCUAUGACCUUUGAAAGUGGCAAGACAGCUUAUUCUAUCUCCUCUUUUCAUUAUUGAUGAACGAAUGGAUUAUCUAUUGCCACCAAUCAUCCCUCAGCAUCAAUCAUACAUCUUCAACAAGCAUUACCCAUCAUCAUCACUAUUAUUUUAUAUAUAUAUAUAUAUUUAUCUAUAUUUAUUUGACCAUAUACAUAUAGACAUUUAGACAGAAUACAUAGAUAAACACUCUUUCUCAGAUAUCCAUAUAUAUAUAUAUAUAUAGUCCUCAUUAUUAUUAAUAGAUUACAUAGAUUCAUUUUUUUUAG